GGGGCGCGCGGGGGGUAGUGUGCGUAUGGGAGGGGGGUCCAACGCUUCUAUGGGUAUAAAUACUGCCUGUAUUCAAGGGUUCAAUCAAUACUCCUUGCUUUGCCUGACCGGGAAAGAGAGACACAAAAACGAAGGAAUAUCCACAACUGUGCUACUGCCAUUCAUCCUGCCGAAACAGCUUGCUAGGCCAGGAUUUUAGCAACAAACAAACAAAAAAAUAGUCAUAUGUAUUUUGUUUUCUUAUUUUUUUAUUUCCCAUUUUAUUAUUAGUGUAGCCCGUAUGGAAACCUGGAAACUCCUCGCUGUAGUCAUCCCCUUUAUUGUUCUCGUAUAUAGCGUUCAGGGAAUCUCUUUUACUCUAGACAGGGAGAACUGGAUAUCUAAAAACUGGCAGGAAGAACCUGUGCUGGAGCGGCUAGCGGAUCAGGAGGAGAGCCUCGUGAAGAGGUCCAAAGCGCGCCAGUUCUAUGGCCUCAUGGGGAGACGCUCAGGUAAAGUACAGCCCGUGCGGUUGCAGACACGACGACACAAAGGAGGGAUGUUCGUGGGGCUGAUGGGCCGAAGGGCUUUGGACGCCGUCAGGGAAGAGGCCCUGAGACGGAUAACUCCGGGAGCGGACACCAGCUCCGCUGCAGACAUGGCGGAGGAGUCAAACAAGCACUUGGAUCUAGAAGAGCAGUGGGAGAAGCUCCAGUAUUACUGACAACCCCCGACAGCUAUAGGAAUGCAUGCCAGCAGUUCAACAUUCUGUUACAAUUUACAUUUUGACUCAUUGUCCCAUACGUGCGUAACAAAUAAAUUCUACUACAGCUGGGCAAUUGAUUAAGACUUCAUUUGCAUGGGUGGUUUGUACACUUUGUACAGUGAAUCCGGACAUUUUUCAUCAGAACUUUAAUGCUGAAUGUUUUUUCAUAGGAGGUAUGGGGGGAAUCAUAACACAUAUUAAAAAUGUUAAUACUGAAGACUGUAUGAGAAAAUAAAGGUGCAGUCCACGAUUCUUGUCCGAUACACUUGUCAAAUUCAGCAAAUCGCUCGCAACUAUCCUGUAACUCUAGCCUCUAGUCAUGGCUCC